CUCUUGCUUAGCGGCCCUUCCUUGGUGGCGCUGAUUAAUCCAGAAGGGCUAGAUUUCACUGGAGCGGUGGCAGCUUCCCCGGGUGGGCAGCUCUGGUCCUGCACGGUGUCAAUGAUGAAAGCUUCCAGGGAAAAUGCACUUAAGGAAGCUGCCCAAGGAGACCAUCGCCUGAGGCCCCAUUAUGCAGGCCUUCCCGCAAGGGCCCGCCAGCUCGACAAGGUGAAAGCAGAGUAUGCUCGGCUUAAACACACGCUCACCAUAGUGACCAGAGAACGUGAUUUGGCCGUGAAGGAGAAACACCAGCUCCAAGCCAAGCUGGAGAACCUAGAACAGGUCCUAAAGCACAUGCGAGAGGCCGCAGAACGGCGGCAGCAGCUGGAGUUGGAGCAUGAACAAGCCCUGGCCAUCCUCAACGCCAAGCAGCAGGAAAUUGACCUCCUGCAGAAGGCUCAGGUUGAAGCUAAGAAAGAACAUGAAGGUGCAGUGCAGCUGCUAGAGUGCAAGGUGCGGGAGCUGGAGGAGAAAUGCCGGACGCAGAGUGAGCAGUUCAGCCUGCUGUCCCGGGAUCUGGAGCAAUUUCGCCAGCACGCCGGCAAGAUCGACCUGCUGGGCAGCAGCCCCGUGGCCUCCCUGGAUGUCCCCUCGUCCCCCAGCAAGUCUUUCCCAAGGUUCAUGAACGGACUGGCUCCCUCCAUUGGAAAAGGUCAGGAGAGCGCCCUUGGAAGCCGCACUGUGGUCGGUGAAUAUAUCCGGCCCCUCCCGCUCCCGGGUGACAAGCCGGAACCUCUGUCCGUCAAGCCCACCUUCCUGUCAAGAUCCAGUGGCCCAAGAUGCAGAUUUGAAUCAGACAUGGAUAAUGAUCGGAAUUCCAAUACCGCCAAGCAGAGGUACUCGGGGAAGGUCCACUUGUGUGUCGCCCGCUACAGUUAUAACCCCUUCGAUGGGCCCAAUGAGAACCCGGAGGCUGAGCUGCCCCUCACGGCAGGGAAGUAUCUCUACGUCUAUGGAGACAUGGAUGAGGACGGCUUCUAUGAAGGCAAGCUUCUGGACGGGCAGCGGGGCCUGGUGCCCUCCAACUUUGUGGAUUUCAUCCAGGACAACGAGUCUCGACUGGCCAGCACGCUGGGGAACGACCAGGAUCAGAACUUCAUCAACCAUGCGGGCGUCGGCUCGGAGGGGGAGAACAUUCUGGACCUCCACUCUCCAACGCUCACGGACUCCGGCCUCGCCGACCACGGGGCGGGGACGCUGGACGUGAACAUCGACGACAUCGGAGAAGACAUCGUGCCUUACCCUCGGAAAAUCACCCUCAUCAAACAACUCGCCAAAAGUGUCAUUGUGGGCUGGGAGCCCCCGGCAGUGCCCCCGGGCUGGGGGACCGUGAACAGCUACAACGUGCUGGUGGACGCGGAGACGCGCCUGAGCCUGGCACUGGGCGGCAGGACCAAGGCCCUGGUGGAGAAGCUCAACAUGGCAGCCUGCACCUACCGCAUCUCCGUGCAGAGUGUCACCAGCCGGGGCAGCUCGGAUGAGCUGCGGUGCACGCUGCUGGUGGGCAAGGAUGUGGUGGUGGCUCCCUCCCACCUGCGUGUGGACAACAUCACCCAGAUCUCUGCCCAGCUCUCCUGGCUGCCCACCAACAGCAAUUACAGCCAUGUCAUCUUCCUCAACGAGCAGGAGUUGGAUGUCGUCAGGGCCGCCAGGUACAAGUACCAGUUCUGCAACCUCAGGCCCAACAUGGCUUACAAGGUGAAGGUCCUGGCCAAGCCCCAUCAGAUGCCCUGGCAGCUCCCCCUGGAGCAGAGGGAGCGGAAGGAGGCCUUCGUGGAGUUCUCCACGCUGCCUGCAGGUCCUCCAGCACCCCCACAAGAUGUUGCUGUCCAAGCUGGGGCCACCCCAGCCACCGUCCAGGUCUCCUGGAGGCCGCCCGCUCUGACGGCCACUGGGCUGUCCAAUGGAGCCAAUGUCACCGGCUACGGCGUGUACGCAAAAGGGCAGAGGGUCGCUGAGAUCAUCUCGCCCACAGCGGACUGCACGGCCGUGGAGCUGGUACGCCUGCGCAGCCUGGAAGCCAAGGGCGUGACCGUGCGGACCCUCUCUGCCCAGGGCGAGUCCGUGGACUCUGCUGUCGCUGCCAUUCCCCUCGACCUCCUGGUGCCUCCAACCCCCCACCCGAGAACUGCUCCCACACCGAAGCCAUUAGCAAGUGCCGGAGCCCCCGAAACCAAAGAUGAGCACCCGGGUCCCCACGCCGUGGUGGACGAGGCCUGGGAACACGGCCGGGCACCCGCCCCAGCCCACGGGCACCUGCUGGAGCCGCCCGGCCUGCAGGGCUUGGGCCCCGGGCGGCGGUCGCCCUCGCCCAGCCGCAUCCUCCCGCAGCCGCAGGGCACCCCGGUCUCCACCUCGGUCGCCAAGGCCAUGGCCCGGGAAGCCGCACAGAGGGUGGCCGAGAGCAGCAGGUUAGAGAAAAGGAGCCUCUUCCUGGAGAGGAGCAGCGGACAGUAUGCAAACUCGGACGAGGAGGACGGCUAUGAGUCUCCGGACGUCAAGAGGAGGGGCGCAUCUGUGGAUGAGUUCCUGAAAGGCUCGGAGCUGGGCAAACCGCCACACUGUUGCCAUGGAGACGAUUACCACACGGAGAGCAGCCGGGGGUCUGACCUCUCGGACAUCAUGGAGGAGGAUGAGGAGGAGCUGUACUCUGAAAUGCAGCUGGAGGACGGGGGCAGGAGGCGGCCGAGCGGCACGUCCCACAAUGCCCUCAAGGAGUGCUCUAAGAAUAGGACCACUGAACGUGCUUUCUCGGAGUUACCCGAGUACCCCCAACAGACCCACCACACUAAGAGACUUUUCAGUAUCCCCGAAGUAGCGGAGGAGGAUGGAGAACCUUGUGAGUUCCUGCAUAAGCAGGCCUUAGGGUCCUCCUCCAGGGUCAGGACCGGGCUGGCCAGAGAUCCCAGGCCCGCCAGGCCCUGCCGGGGGCACGAGGCCCUCCACGGAUCCUGGUACCCCACGAAACCCAGGGGCCCCCAGGCCGACGACUUCGUAUUCGAAGACAGAGGCUGUCGGUUCAGCCGCUCGGCCACCAGGAGCCCGGACAGCGGCCUGGACUGCGGCAGUGAAGAGGAGGAGAUGCGAUUUAGUUUCCGAAGCCCCACUGCCCAGUGCAGCCCCGGGCCCGGGCACUGUCCUUGUAGGAGGAGCCUGAGGCCCCUGCUGGCCCGGCGCCGGACGCUGACCAGGCAGAGCAGCAUCGAAGAGGAUUUUGGGGAGCCAGUGGAGCCCGGCGUCGUCGUCAGGAGCGAUGGGCCCCACCCGAGCCCAGAGAGGUCCACCCCCAGCAAGUACGGCUGGGAUGAGCCCACGGGCCGCGAGGAUUUCCGAGAUGCCUGGAAGAAAAGCAUAAAAAUGCCCGACAGUAGGGCCAUUGCCCGACAGGCCCAGCCUCCUCCCCGGGUUGCAGACGGCCCUUUGAUUUUAGGAAACCCGGUGACCGCAGGACGGGCUGAUCGGGCGGAUCACGUGGGCCGGAGGUUUUCCCACGGCAGUGCUGGUUCCCACAGGUCCCGGCCAAUGAUGGUCCAUUCUGCGGAUGAGUAUGGGCGGGACCGACUUUCUCCGGACUUCUACGAAGAGUCAGAGACAGACCCUGGGGCAGAGGAGCUCCCAGCCCGCAUCUUUGUGGCCCUUUUUGACUACGACCCCCUUACCAUGUCCCCGAACCCAGACGCUGCGGAAGAGGAGCUUCCCUUUAAAGAAGGGCAGAUCAUCAAGGUGUAUGGUGAUAAAGACGCUGAUGGAUUCUACCGCGGGGAAACCUGUGCCCGGCUUGGCCUUAUUCCCUGUAACAUGGUCUCUGAAAUCCAGGCAGAUGAUGAGGAGAUGAUGGACCAGCUUCUCAGACAAGGCUUCCUCCCUCUGAACACACCUGUGGAGAAAAUAGAGAGGAACAGAAGAGGCGGCAGGCAGCACUCGGUGUCCACGCGAAGGAUGGUGGCCCUGUAUGACUACGACCCGAGGGAGAGCUCGCCCAACAUCGACGUCGAGGCUGAACUUACAUUUUGCACAGGAGAUAUUAUUACUGUUUUUGGUGAAAUUGAUGAAGAUGGAUUUUAUUAUGGGGAGCUUAAUGGGCAGAAAGGGCUUGUACCUUCCAACUUCCUAGAAGAAGUGCCUGAUGAUGUAGAAGUCUACCUUUCCGACGCGCCGUCCCACUACUCACAGGACAUGCCAAUGCGCUCCAAGACGAAAAGGAAGAAGAGUGUUCAUUUCACACCUUAAUCAGGCAAUGUAGCCUUCACGUAAGUGAGCAACUGAAGAUACCUAUAAAGAUACCAACUUAAGCUACCUUAACUGGACCAAUGUGGUAGACUUAAGGCUUCACUGUGGGGUUAAAAAAAAAAAAAAAGAAAUAUGUCUCAAAAAUCCAUUGGACCUAAAGUAUUACUUGGUCUCAGUUGUAAAGCAACUGAAUUUGCAGUGAAAUAAAUCAUCUUUAAUAAUUAUUUCCUACGAUUUACAUUAAGAAUAUUUGAAAGGCCAACAUUGGGAACAUAUUUCUUAACAGGCUAAUUGUUCGUUUACACAGAGUGUUCCAAUGUCUACUCAUAAUUAAAGCUGCAUAUUGCAUUGUUAGCCACUCUUGGAAAAAGCACAACCUAAUAAAUGUUUACUAUGGAAAUUUUACUUAAAAAAAAAAAUGCAACUCGAGAUCGAGCAGAUGAAUAGUGAACAAGAGGUGAUCUAGAGUUGGCACUGAACACUUCCCAUGCUGGCUUGAGCAGCAGACAGCUUUUUCUUAAGUGACCACCCCUCUACCUUACAGGAGAGCUGGUGCUUCUCCUCAAAGCACAAGUGAGUGUCCUGAACACAAAGGCGUUUGGUGGAAGACUGCUCUGUUGGUAUACCAAUGCAAUACUAAGUUUAAUGAAACAUGCAGCUCAAACGAUUGCAUUAGAUGGAAUAGAUGGUAUCUUCAGGUGUACUUUGGGAUGCUUUACUAGGUGUUUUCCAUUAGAAUUAGACCUUGAUUUUAAAUCCAAGUAAGCUUGAAGCCCCUUGGCUCAUAUCAUUUGCCUGUUGAAUAAUGAACACUCAUAUUAGAGAGAGGUUUGCUCUGGUGAGGUAAGGGAAUAAGAGGAAUGCAGGCAUGCCCAGGACCAGAAACAUGAGUGAGGCCAGUUGUCAUGCCUCCCAUAUAGUUCUGCUCUUGUAAAGCAGCAUUAAGCACUAAAGUGUACAAAAGUCCUACCAUGUGCUCUAUAUUGACAAAAAGACAUCUUUAAUAUCUUGGAAAUAACAAAAGCAUACAAUAAGGGCCUUUAAGCUUUCUUUGAUUGUAAUUAAGGUUCAUUUUAGUUUUUUUUUCUUUUCUUUCAACCGGUGUGCCAUCUCCAAUGUUUCUACAGUAUACUAACCAACCCAGGAAUGCACUCAGCAAUGUCAGGGUUUUAUAUACCCAAGUAGUUUUCAUAUACAACAAAACUUUAAGAACUUUUUUCUUUAAGAACUUUUGUGUUUAAGAUUACUUUUGUGUUUAAGAUGGGUACUUGGCCAAUACUACUCUCAACAUAAUUCAAAAUAACUUUUUUUUUUUCCUGCUCUUGGUCUUAGUUUACAAAGUAAAUUACUACCUAGCUUUGUUUUGUCAAAGCAAUGGCCACCCCCUCCCCGGAGACAAAGAAACUGAAAACCCAACAUUGAUGGCUAGACCCACCCCCCUGUCAGAGAUAUGCCCUGGGAGGGGUGUGAGCCUCUCAUGGCAUACUCUAACCCUUGGAAGAAGGCAUGAUCCACCCUUACCUUUCCUGGUGGGAAACGGGGCAGCGCGGGGCUUCUGAUGUUACGGAGUGAGCGGAUGGAUGUUGUUGGCGCUCGCGCACUCAAUGAACUGUACCAAUGUACCUACUAGGUUCCUGCUGAGGGUUCAGGUACAGCAAGGAGAGCGCCAUCCCCCACAGUGCAUCUCCAUUCGGGGUCGCCUCCGUCACCUAAGGGUACUGGUAGUCCUGGGAGAGGCAGGGACAUGUCCUCGAAAAAGAAAAAGGGGCUGCUUUCCAAAGGCAAGAAACUGCUGAAAAAGCUGGGUGCAGUGAAAUGAUUCAUGUGCUUCCGGACAACCUCCAAAUCUAUGUAAUUUUCUUUAAUUCCAAACUAGGGCUUUCAUGACUCAAGUACUUCCUAAAAAAACAAUCUUCUCCCCUGACACCAGUAGAGAAAUGCUCUUUGCACUACCAUCCACUUUAAGCCCAGCGCCAGGACAAAGAGCUGCUGGUGCUCCCACCCGCCUCGGCCCAUCGCUCUUAUUAGUGCCCAGGCUCUGGCGGCAGCUGGGCUGUCUCGAGAACAUGCAGGGGGCCAGUAGCUCUUUGUGGCUCACUCCCUACCUGGGAUUCCAGUCUUUGUGCAUUUGUCAUCUGCCCUUAAAGGAAUGAUUUCAACCUCUCUCCCUUUUCAAAAUGCUUGCCUCAUAAUGCAUAACUCUCACUUUAACUCUGGUCUUGAAAUUCCUAGUUUACUCGCCUUGAUGUCCUGCCUUAUAAAUGCACAGUGAUUUGUACUGUCUAAUAAAAACUACAGUGUACACUUUGUAUGUGUCGUGCAUUCAGUGCUCUCAUCCUCACAGACACAGUGGUUUGAAACCAAGUUGUGCAGGCUGUGCAAUUUAAGAUCCUGGCUUUUCAGCUUUUAAAGCAAGCCAGGCCACACACAGAAAAUGUUUACUUAUUCACAUCAUUCAAAAAAGCGGAGAGGAAGUAGCUUUGGUAAAGUACCACUUCUCCAACCUGCCAGACACCUGGUAAUAGUCAUUGCUUUCAGUGUUACAUUUUGUGGCAUAUGGAUUUACGUUACUUUCAUUAUUUGUCAAAAUGCCAUACACAGCCAACAGUGAACAGCACACACGUAAAGCAAGCCACAUGAUGCAUAAGCCACACCAGAAACAUCCUAAAUUCAAGUCUCUUCAAAAUUAUCCCAUACCAAUCUUCACCAUUGGCACCUGAACAAAAAAAGAUUUACAAAGUUGCUGGCAGAUGUAUUUGACGGUUACUAUUUUGUAAUUCUUGUCCACUUGUAAAUUGUUUUUACUCUUUAUACAUACUUUUCAGACUGCCUUUCUUUUGUAAUUGAUGGAAGGUUUAUAAAUGGAUGACAAAGCUUUCCCCAUUGUGUCUUCAAAAAUGAUACUGUAAAUUGUAACAUAAUAGUAUGUGGUAGCUUUAUUAAAAGGAGAUUACUCUACGUGUGGUUAAGUUCUGCGUGGGCGUGUGCAUGUGUACAGUUCGUGUAAAAUAUUUUAUAAAAAUAAAAUUUGUUAUUUUAUACAAUGCCAG